CUGUCAAUAUUCAAUUUAAAAAGAAAUACAAGAUAAACGGGAUUUCAUUCAAGAGAAGAGAAGAAAAGUUAAAAUAAAUUAAAAUAUAUUUUCAUGUAAAAGAUUAUUUAAAGAGAAAAGUGACAAAAUAAUUAUUAAUAAAGAAUCGAUCAGAAAAAAUAAAUACUUUUAUUCUAUUAUCAUUGAAGAAAAAAUGUCUGCGCUAUCAACCAUAGCGGCUUUCGAUGAUAUUCGGCGUUGCAUUCAUGUGCUUACCGAUGGAACGGCUGAAGAAGAAUUUUUGAAAGUAUUAAAACUACAAGAAGCCUUUCGUUUGGAAUGCUUAAGUGGGACACGAGAGGCACAGCGUAUUCAGAAAGAAUUGGACGCUUCCCUACAGAAUAUGGCUGAUUUGGAAACUAAACUGUUUCAUGCGAGGCGUCUACUCGAAAUGGAAAGUAAAGCUAGACGCGAAGCUGAACACGAUCGUGAUCAAAUGGAGAAAAAAAUAAUAGCUGUUGCAGACCUCCUUCGAAAUGAGCGUGACAUCAAUGAGGAGACCAAAGACAAAUUGGCCUUCCUCAACACAUUCCAACAGAAAAAACGCAAAUCCCUGAAUACACAUAUAGAAGAGAAAUUCGGCAACGACAUAAAUUCCACAGGUUCCUUCCUCUCAGAUCUCUCGCUAACACAAUCUGAGGAUGAUUUUCUUGAUGUCCGUUCAUCAAAGAACUGGCAAAAGCAUCGUCCAUCGCUGCCCAAGAACACUGGUCCUUAUGUUGGUGGAAAGAGAUCACGACUUAGUACGGGGACACCUAAAGCUCCUACACCACAAAGACGUUCGGCUGCUAAUUCCAACAAACACACCUUAGAAAUUGGGGUGAACGAGAAAAUUUGUGCAACCACAAAGGUAACAAUUCCCCAAGAUGGCAGCGGAGCCAUCCGUGCCGAAUCAACAAUUGAAGCGGUUCCAAUUCCUGCAGAAGAGAUGAUGCAUCGACCAGAGGAGGUUCCUAGUUCGAGUCCGCAGUCGAAGAUGCCACGAUCCAGCAACAACUACACUCCACGACGUCAGUCUCCGCUGAAGGAAAUGCCUGUGACUCUGUCGGUUAAUCCAUUCCCAACAGCGUCGCCAGCAGUCAAACAUAGAAGUAUGAUGCGCCAGCAUAACUUCUCCUCAAAAACUUUCAUCCGAACAGACACAUGCACCCAUUGCCAGAAAAAAAUUCGUUUUGGUUCAGUGGCGUUGAAAUGUCGCGAUUGUCAACUAUGCUGCCACGUUGACUGCCGCGGAGUUCUUACCGUGACCUGCGUACCUCAGAGUGGAACCCCUACCCUUAAGGGUUUGAUGGGCUACAUAAGCGAUCACGCUCCACCAGUUUCCCCCAUGAUUCCAGCUCUGAUUGUCCACUGUGUUUUCGAGAUCGAAAAUCGAGGUUUAAAUGAAGUCGGAAUUUACAGGGUGUCAGGUUCCGAACGAGAAGUGAAAGCGCUCAAGGAGAGAUUCCUUCGCGGCAAAGGAAAACCACAUCUGACCGACAUCGAUGUGCAUGUCCUGUGUGGUUGCAUCAAAGACUUUUUGCGUUCUCUGCGUGAACCUCUCAUCCCUACAGGCUUAUGGAAAGAUUUCUGUAAUGCAGUGCAAGAUGUCAACGAGAACGAAAUACAAAGAAAUUUGUACAACGCCAUCAACCAGAUGCCACACGCCAAUCGCGACACUCUAGCAUUCCUGAUCCUGCAUUUCCAGCGGAUAGCCGAGUGUCCCGAAGUGAGAAUGCCCAUCGAGAAUAUCUCUCGUGUCUUUGGCCCUACAAUUGUUGGUUACUCAAGCCCCGAUCCCGAUCAACACGCCAUCUUCACCGAGAUCCACAUGCAGUUCUCGGUUAUGCAGAAUCUGAUGAAGAUCCCGUCGGCAUACUGGACACAGUACGUCGAUUUCGACAAGGAGAACACCAACAGUAAUAAUGGUUCAUCAGAGCCACGUACUCCAGUUAACAACAAAGAGUCUCUUUACUCUUUAUAUGCUACACCACUGAAGAGCACAUUGAAGAAAAGAAAGUUCUAUGCCACGCCACCUUAUUCGCACAAGAAAAAAUGAAGCACAUCUCCAAAGCAGAUGCUUAAAAGAAAGACACUGAAAUACCUGUUUUAAUUGAAUGAAAUUUACUAUAUUACGUUUUUCUUGGUUCUAAAUGGUUGAAUUUUUUGUAUUUUAUUUAAUUUACACGAACACACAUUAUUUUUGUUUUCGAAAUUUAUACUGAAAAGUUAAGAAUAAAUGCGUCAAUGGCAUUUACGA